AUUUUACACCGUUGAAUAUUUAGGAAUUCAUGUAAAUGAUAUAUUUUUUACUAAAGGAGCAAAAGAUCAGCUUCAAUUUUUUAUUCUCAGAAUAUUUUAAUACUGGACAUAAAACGCUAGAUUACUGUUUAAGGAACCAAAUACAACACGCAAUGAAAAUAAUUGACAUGAGAUUGUUUGUGGAAUAGUGCAAUUUAUCUGAAGGAUCUAUGAUACUUAUUUCUCAACCAAGUUUUGCAAAAAUUCUGAUUAAAAACGCAAACUUCAGUUCCUCACCUAUUACUUAUAAUGAAGGAUUAAACAAAGAAUAUGGUAUUACGUUCGUGUUUAUAUACCGUUUGACAUGAGUAAACAUGGCGUCGUUAGUAGCGGAUUAUAGUUCUACUUCGGGAUCGGAAUCGGAAGCAGAAUCUGAGUCUGACAGUGCUACAGAAGAAUCCAGAAAGACUCUUAUUGAAAAGCUGCCGCCCCCAGAAUUUGGAAAAUCAAGUGUUGCUACUGUCAAAAAUUCUGUGUUUUCAAAUCCUUUUGUAGAAGCAGAAAAUGCCAAGAAAGCAAUUUUAGAAAAACAUGUGAAAAUGACCCCCACCAGAGACGAAAUCAAAAUGAUAAAUGGUAAAAAAAUAUGCUGGAAUUUCCGUAAAGGCCGAUGUAGGUUUGGUCACAAUUGCAAAUUUGCACACGAUUCGGAUUUGCAGUCGAGUCUGAAUAGAAAUCAUGCGAAUGAAAUAACCAAUAGUGAUUUGGUUGCCUUACCUAAUCAAGUGAUUCCCAUUGUGGAUGAAGAAGUGGAAGGUGACAGUGAGAAUGCAAGUAUAACCCAAAGGAAAAAAAGACCAGGUCUCAGCCAGACUCUAGUGCCUGGUAAAAAAGUUAUGAAUAUGUAUAAAAAACAAAAAGUUAAGGACAGUGCUGGUGGACUUGCAUCGAAAGCAAGCGGUAGAUAGUGAACAAACUUUCUCUCAACAUUGUUAAUGCUACCUUGUUUUUCUCAAAUGUUGCAGUUGUUUCUCUUAUGAGCUUAAAAAGUUGUAAAUUUUCCACUCUUUGUAAUCAAUUUCAAAUCUAGUGAGCGUAAAAAUAUAAAUUCAGAGUUGUUUGUGGUAUGUAUUUUUCAUUUUGUUUUGGUUCAAUGAAAAGGAAGGUUUUUAGUGGCAUGAAACACUUGUGCACUGUGAGAAAAGGCUCAUAUA